UUUUUUUACGCAUGCACCAUCUGCUCACGUGACAAUGUGUUGCUGUACCCAGCGCUGCCGUCAGCCAUCUUGGUCAACACCCACCCAGUGCAUUCACUGCGGUGCGCAGGCAGUCCAAUCACAGAGAACCGGUGCUAAGCUGACCGGAGGAGGGCUGUGAUUUUUCAGCACGGUGCUCUCUGUUGCAUUUUAAAUCCCCAGUCGGCACAAAAGGCGAUAACAAGAGGCUGAAGAGGAGGAGGCGGUGGAGGAGUAGAAGGCACAGACAGCAGCCUGUUUCACUCAGUUGUAGCAAGGAGGAGAGGAGGAUGCAUGCAUAAAGAGGAGGAGCACCCUUUCUAACACCUGCUGAAGGCUGCUGUGGGCCUUUCCCGUCUUGUCCUUUUUGUUUCUUCCUCUGAUUCUCUUUUCAUCUUUCAUCCUCUUGUUUUUCUGGCCUUCUCUGGCUGUUGGAACGCAAAGCUCCUGCAUCUUUUGUACCUCCCCCCUCCCUUUUCCCCUUCGGUGGUGUUGGUUUUGCCUCGCACAAGCUGAGUCAUCAUGUCUGAUCUGACGCCUCAGAGCGAAACCCCGACUCCCACCACAGACAAGAUCACCCAGGCUGCCAGGGAGACCAUUUAUCUGUGCAACUUUCGCGUCUCUGUCGAUGGCGAGUGGCUGUGCCUCCGCGAGCUCAACGACAUCUCGCUCACGCCAGACCCCGAGCCGGUCCAUGAAGAUCCCAAGGAUCCCAUCGCAAUCGAGAGGCUUAACUUGAUGAACAUGGCCAAACUGAGCAUCAAGGGCCUGAUCGAGUCUGCGCUCAACCUGGGACGCACGCUUGACUCUGACUAUGCACCUCUGCAGCAGUUCUUUGUCGUGAUGGAGCACUGUCUGAAACACGGGCUGAAAACUAAGAAGACCUUCCUGGGGCAGAACAAGUCCUUCUGGGGACCAUUGGAGUUGGUUGAGAAGCUGACGCCUGAGGCAGGAGAGAUCACUGCCAGCGUAAAAGACCUGCCCGGGCUCAAAACUCCUCUAGGAAGAGGACGCGCCUGGUUACGACUGGCCUUAAUGCAGAAGAAGCUCUCAGACUAUAUGAAGACCAUCAUCAACAGAAAGGACCUGCUCAGGUGUGUUUGGAUCGUAAUAUUCACAGAGGCGAAGACUUUAUGUGAACAGAUGAAUGUGGUGUCUCUUGUUGACCACUGCAGCCACAACAUCUAUCAACUCUACACACAUACUUUGAAUUGUUUUACAUACGAGGAUGGCUCCUGUCAUUUGUUUUUUGCCUUUUUCUUAAAACAUCUGCAGGUUGGGGUGAUCGAUUUCUCCAUGUACCUAAAAGACGGUGGACACAGCAGCAAGAGCGUGGAGGGGGACGGUCAGAUCACAGCGAUUCUCGAUCAGAAGAACUACGUGGAGGAGCUGAACAGACAUUUAAGCGCGUCGGUAAAUAACCUGCAGGCCAAAGUGGACGCUCUGGAAAAGUCCAACACGAAGCUGACAGAAGAGCUCGCAGUGGCGAAUAACAGGAUCAUCACUUUACAAGAAGACGUGGAGAGAGUAAAGGAGGAGAGCUCGUAUCAGCUGGAGUCCAGAAAGGCAUUAAGAAGUGAUUCAGCAGCAGACGGACAAGCGCUGGGGGAAACACGCAAGCAGCUCAAAGAGGAAACUUUGCUUCGACUGGAUGUGGAGAAGGAGCUGGAGGUGCAGAUCGGGAUGAAGCAGGAGAUGGAGCUGUCCAUGAAGAUGCUGGAGAAAGACGUCUGUGAGAAGCAGGACGCUCUGGUGGAGCUCAGACAGCAGCUGGAAGACCUUCGUGCCAUCAACCAACAGCUAAUGCACAAGUCACAGAGUGCCGAUGCCAGCUCGAAACAGAAGAGUGAGAUCAUCGUUCGCAUGGAGGAGAAAAUGAACCAGAUGUCAGGGACCAUAAAACAGCUGGAGACCAGAUGCAAGCAGGCGGAGAAGGAGAGGGACCUGGCUUUAGAGGCGAACCGGCUCUUCAAGCAGGACUUUGGAGACAAAAUCGAGAGUCUGCAGGUGGAGGUGGAGCAGCUGAGGAAGCAAAGGUCUAAUCUGGAGCGUGAGCUGAGAAAAGGUCACGAUCGAAAGAGCGACCAUCACCUCAGUGCCUCCUCGGUACCUCAGUCCAGCACUCCGCGGACCGACAGGAGACAACCAGGGGAUGUACCAACACAACUCCCAGAAUCCCCGUCAGUGAAGGAGAAAGACCAGUUCCAGAGUGGCCCAGAGGACAAUACCAGCCUGUCCCUGUCGCACCACGAGGAUGAGCAGGAGUCGUUCUUGGAGAUCAGCGAGCCUUCCAUGUGUACGAUGUGUGAGCACGCCGACUCCCUCCUCAAGACAAAGAAACAGUGUAAGAACUGCAGCGGCGUUUUCUGUGAGAGCUGCGUGUCCAAAGAGCUGCCUUUACCUUCCUCCAUUCUCCCAGAGACGGUCUGCACCGCCUGCUACUCGCUGUUACUCCAACAAUACGCUUCAUCACCAACAUGAACCCACAAUCAUCACACACAGCAGAGACGCGCGAGUGUAACAAUGGCACCUAAAAACCAAAAAAUCCCAACUUCCUGAGACAUCCUAGGAAUCACGGGGUCUGUGAGCUAUUUAAAUCAGUCUUGUGUGUGUGUGUGUGUGUGUGUGUGUGUGUGUGUGUGUGCGCGUGCGCAGGGUUUCCUUAUAAUAAAAACAGCUGACGCCAUUUAUCUUCCUUUUCUGGUUCGUGUUGGUGAUUUAGGCUUCUGUCGGCACUUUUAAGCUAAACUUGCUCUCCCUCACAUGGCUGGAUUUAAACAAAUAAAUAAAAGAAUCAUCUCAUUUAUGGACACUAAGUGAUGAAAAGUUUAACUGACAUUUUUAUCCCCAGUGUUAAAAGAUAAAAAAGGAAAAACUGGAAUUCAAGGCUCGGUGUUUCGAUUCAGAGAUCAGGAUACGGAGUUACUCGUACCUUUAUGCACUUUUGUGAUUAAACUGGCGUCACAUUCAGGGAAAAUCCUGACAAACUCGGUCAACAAAAUGACCAAAUGCUGUCAUGUUGUGUGUCAUUACUUCCUUAAAGACUGUUUUAAAUAAAAAAUAAAAAU